AUCUCUUCAUUUUCGGUCUUCCCCGGUCAUCUCGUAUGCAAAACUCAUUUGUUUGCGUCCCUACGCCUGCCCAAAACUGAUCACAGCAUUUCAGCCCGAGACAAAGAGUGUUGGUGCCCCUACCCGACUUUGAUUCUGAGACAUUUGGCCUCCCUGCAGGUACUGACGGUGAGAAUAAAAGCCGACGAGCCGCCGUUUGCACAAACGAAACAAGCAGUUCAAAAAACCAAGCAAACAAUUGAUAACCAAGGAGAGAAAAAAAAAAGAAGACAUCAUGAAGACGCUUUCGUUUGCCGCCGUCUCGGUGCUGGUGCUGGGUGCUUCGGCCCUCGUGCCGCCGGCCCACCCCCCGGCCGACUCAGGGUGUUGCUGCUGCGACAUCUCCAAGAACAGAAUCGACUGCGACAGGUCGAUCCCGGCGUCGGAUUGCUUCUGCGCCCAGGUCGUCUGCCCCGCCGGCGCGCCAACCUUUUGGCACGGAACGCCGACGCCGACGUCGCGAUCCACUCAUCCGCCUCCCACGCCGCUGCCGGUUUACAAGCAGUGCUGCUGCUGUGAUCCCAGCAUCAGUAAGAUUGUGUGCUCGCUGAGGCCCGCAGAGGACUGCUUCUGCUUGGCUGUGGCGUGUCCGCCUGAUGCAAAGACAAUCUUUGUCAAGGAAACUCCCGCUCCGACCUCUUAGGGGUAUUCGUUGUCGAGCAGACUUGCCUGAAUCUUGGACUGGGGGCAGGGACAGGGAUAGGGGUAGGGGGGGGAUGAGAAAACACAAGGAAGGGCUGCUUUGAUGGCUAAUGCAUAACUGGCAGAAAAUUGGCGAUUUAUUGAUUGGUAGCUUCUGAGCUGGCUGGAACUUGAAAAGGGGCAUACCGGCUGGGCUACUUGACAGUAUUUAUACCGAGUUUCUAUUCAAUAAUACACGGAAGUAUUUAUAAACUACCUAU